UCUUUGUUUCCAUUGUGAAGAUUUUGGUUUUUACUGCUAAAUGGAACUUUUUUGCAAUUAGUCACGGUAAGCAACCUUGUGAUGGGAUAGGUGGUACAGUCAAACGUCUUGCAACACUAGCAAGUUUGCAAAGAGAUAUGGGUAAUCAUAUUUUAUCUCCACAAACGAUGUAUAAAUAUUGCAAUGAAAACAUUGAAGGCAUAAAUUUUAUAUAUAUUUCAUCAGAAGAUUUAACUUUGGUGAGAACCGCUCUUAAAGAACGAUUGGAUACUGCUAAUACAAUACCUGGAACACGUAGUUACCAUCAGUUUGUACCACUUGACCAUCAAAAGGGAGGCACUAAGCUAUGCAGUGUUGAUGAAGAAUUUGCAUUAAUUCAUGACUUGAAAAGAACUGUAAACCUAGUACCAGUUGAUUAUGCCUGUGUUUCCUAUAAGCAAAAGUGGUGGAUAGGAGUCAUUGAAGAUAUUAAUUUAGAAGAAAAAGAUGUGCUUGUAAAAUUUAUGUGUCCUAAUGCUCCUGCACGGUCGUUUAAAUGGCCACCAAAGGAAAGCCAAUGCUGGAUUCCUGAUGCCCAAAUUAUUUGCAAAGUUGAGGUACUGAUAACAAAAACAGGACUUUGCUACUAUUUAUCCAAAAAGGACUUUAAAAAAAUUUUUUCCUAAGGAAGUAGAGAUUUUUAU